CCCACGACCGUGGAACCUGCUUGGCCGCGGGGUUAUCCGAGGGCUUCAUUCGUCAUCCUUUAAAGCGGGCAUGCCGCCCCUGCCGACGCCUGCUCCGGCCGGCCAGCGUCUGGCACGGGCAGAUUGAACGUCGUAGGCAUUUCCAGUGAGAUUCGAACGGCGGUCCGAUCAAAGCGGCGUACAUUCGACCCAGAGCGAUCCAGCAUGCCGUUCUACCCUCCAUCAUGGGUUCCGAAGCUCCCCUUCGAUCCUCCGGACUCGAUAACCAUUGCAGACUUUGUCCUCGAGGAGCACUAUGGAAGGCACCCCCUGGGGUAUGCGAGGAAUCCCUUCACCUGCGGCCUGUCCGGUAAAACGUAUUCUGCACUGGAGGUAAAGGAGCGCGUCGACUUCCUUGCUCGUGGACUAGCCAAAGAACUCGGUUUCGAGCCCAAUAAGGGAUCAGAAUGGGACAAGGUCAUAGCUGUGUUCUCGCUCAAUACGAUUGAUACCAUACCUCUUGCUUGGGCCACACAUCGCUUGGGUGGCAUCCAAACGCCAGCGAACGCCGUUUACAAUGCCGCCGAGCUCGAGUACCAGUUGAAGAGCUCAGGUGCAAAGGCUCUCUUUACCUGCCUUCCCCUUCUCGCAGUUGCCAAAGAAGCCGCCCAGAAGGUCGGAAUACCCAAUCAUCGCAUAUAUGUUCUUGAACUGCCCAAGGAGUAUAUCGGUAACCAGAAAAUACCGGAUGGGAUGAAGACCGUCAAUGAUCUCAUCCGGGAAGGAGCACAACAACCUCGAUUGGAGGCUCUUAACUGGGAGCCUGGACACGGUGCGAAGAGAACGGCGUUCUUGUGUUAUUCAAGUGGCACAUCUGGCUUGCCCAAAGGUGUUAUGAUCUCGCAUCGGAACGUCGUUGCUAAUACGCUUCAAAUCUCGACCCAUGAGAAGCCCGAUCGCGAUGCCAAACUACCCCCAGCAACCCAGUCAGGCUACACGGAGAACGUUCUGGGACUGCUACCAUUCAGCCACAUCUACGGACUGGUCUUCGUUUGCCAUGCUAGCAUUUACCAAGGCGACGGAGUGAUUGUGCUUCCUAGAUUUGAGUUUGCCACCACUUUGAAAGCUAUCCAAGACUACAGGAUCAGCACUUUGUUUCUUGUACCGCCGAUCAUCAUCCUGAUGACCAAGAAUAGGGACACUAUGGCGAAGUAUGACCUGAGCAGUGUCACCGCGAUAAUAACAGGUGCUGCUCCGUUGGGUAAAGAAACUGCCGAAGAGCUCCACAAGAUGUUCCCCAAAUGGAUCGUUCGCCAGGCAUAUGGUUUGACGGAGACCUGCACGGUUGUUUGCGCUACCAAGCCAACUGAUGUUUGGCUCGGAUCAUCAGGCUCCAUGCUGCCAGGCGUCGAAUGUAAGCUUGUAACGCUGGAGGGCAACGAAAUCACAGGUUACGAUCAGCCCGGCGAGCUUUUGGUCAAGUCACCCUCUGUUGUUCUUGGGUAUUUGAACAACGACCAGGCCAAUCGCGAGACCUUCCAGGAUGGCUAUAUGCGCACCGGGGAUGAGGCAGUAAUUCGAAAAGCUCCUUCUGGUCACGAGCAUAUCUUCAUCGUCGACAGAAUCAAGGAGUUGAUCAAGGUUAAAGGGCACCAGGUAGCCCCGGCGGAGCUCGAAGCCCACCUUCUCACUCACCCGGCCGUCAAUGAUUGCGCCGUGAUUCAGGUCCCGGACGACGAUGCUGGCGAAGUACCCAAAGCCUUUGUCGUCAAAUCGCCCUCUGUGGGUCUCGAAAAGAGCGAUCGCGUAGUAGCCCGACAGAUUCAGAAAUAUGUCGAGGAGCACAAGGCGAGGUAUAAGUGGCUUGCAGGUGGUGUGGAAUUCAUUGAUAUGAUUCCCAAGAGCCCUAGUGGUAAGAUCCUCAGGCGGUUACUCAGGGAUCGGGAGAAGGAGAAGAGGCGGAAGACGGUCCUAUCCAAAUACCCCACCAUGGCACAACCCCACCCUCACAGAACAGACGAAGAAAUGGACCUAGAACACUCAGACGAAGAGGCCGCCAUCCUGGACCCUGAAGAAGCCGGCGAGGAGAUAGUCGACGAUGGCGACGCCCCCAUGGAAUCCGAAUCCGAGGACGAAGGCGCGGGCGCGGGCGCGGGCGGGGACCAGGACGUGCAGAUGGAGAUUCAGCUGCAGAACGACAGUAUUGCGCAUUUCGACGAGCACAAGGACUCCAUCUUUUGUAUAGCACAGCAUCCGGUUCAUGCGGGGAUUGUGGCGACUGGAGGUGGUGACGAUGUAGGGUUCGUUUUCGAUGUUAGCGAGGCUGUGGGAGGGCAAGGGGAGCAGCAGCAGGAGCAGCAGCAGGGGGCGCAGGGAGAAAGAGCCGGGUUGAAGAGCUUGUUUAAGUUGGAGGGGCAUACGGACUCUAUCAAUGCCAUCACGUUCACGUAUCCGAAGGGCCAGUACAUAGCGACUGCCGGACUGGACGGUAAGCUGCGCGUCUGGCAGGGCAAUCCCGAGGGCAAGAGGUGGAAGUUCUUGGCCGAGGCUGCGGAAGUCGAAGAGAUCAAUUGGCUUGUUGCGUGUCCCGCGCCGGAGCACCCGAACGUUGUUGCCCUGGGAGCGAACGAUGGGAGCGUCUGGGUGUACCAGAUCGAUGUGCAGCAGAAGGAUUCGCCGUUGACGGUACUGCAGGCGUUUUACCUGCACACAGAGGCGUCGACGGCGGGAGCAUGGAGCCCCGAUGGGAAGUUGUUGGCGACGGUGAGCGAAGAUUCAAGUCUCUAUGUCUGGAAUGUGUUUGGCGAUGCGGCUGCUGCAGGGUUGACGAGCGCGAGCAAUGCCCAGACAGUCGUUGGCCUGACCGGAGUGGAUGAGCGGUUCAAGAUCGAAGGGGGCCUGUACUCCGUCGCAGUGGCGCCAAACGGAGCAUUCGUAGCUGUCGGAGGGCCCGAAGGCCAGAUUCGCAUCAUCGGCCUACCGAGACUACAAAGCAGCGCUGCUCCUGCUGGCAAGGGAAAAGCAGGAGCCAAAGCAACCCCUACUACAGGGCAAGCGGGCCAGAUUCUGGCAUCGUUGCAGGCAGGCAGUGAUAACGUGGAAACCUUCUCCUUCUCCUCCCCUCCUCUCACCAUCAUGGCCGCUGGGAACGUCGACGGCUCCAUUACCCUCUUCGACACUGCACACCGCUUCGCCAUCCGCCGACGCAUAGAGGACGCUCAUUACGAUGAGGAAUCCGCUCAGGCCGUGGUCAAGGUCGAAUUCGUGCGACGGGAGGGCGCAGCUGGCGCAUUGUUGAGAUCGGUGGGCUUUGAUGGUGUCCUGCGUUCGUGGGAUGCACGAGGUGGAACGGCAGCGGCAGCGAAGGGCCUUGUGGGUGAAUGGAGGGGCCAUAGAGGGGGUGGUGAGGGUGGAGGCAUCAUGGGCUUUGUGCAGGGUGGCGGCGGAGAUGUAGUGGUCACUGCCGGUGAUGAUGGUGUUGCCUUGGUCUUUAAGACGCCUACUCAGGGAUAA